AUUUCGUUAUAAAAGUUCCAAAAUUGACACUCGUAAAUUGACUACUUUCAGCGUUUUUAGGAUAAUUUGCUGUCACUGCACCGUGAAAACUGAAAAUACAGAAUAGUUCGAAUUCGAAUUUCUAAAAAAAAUACGAGUCAAGAAGUUACCUACUUGGAGGAAUAAAUAAAAAAAAUAUACCAAGUACAAUACACAUAAAAGUACCGCAAGAUUAAAAUACUUAAUUACAAUAACCUUGGGAAUUUCCGAUUACUAAAUUGCAAACGAAAUUGAUAAAGGAUCCUCAGGUGUUGAAGAUGCCCCAUCACCGCAGACACGAUGAUGGACCGACGCUCUCUCACCCCCUCCACCCCUAGGAGUCAAGCCAUGAACAAAUACGAGCAGUUGGCUGUUGUAGGCGAGGGCUCGUACGGCGUGGUGCUGAAAUGCAGGCGCCGCGACACGGGGCAGCUGGUCGCCAUCAAGAAGUUCCUGGAGACUGAAGACGAUGCCGCCGUCAAGAAGAUGGCGCUCAGAGAGAUUAGGAUGCUGAAGAAACUGCGACAUGAUCAUCUAGUGAACAUGAUAGAGGUGUUCCGUCGUAAGCGUCGAUUCUACCUGGUGUUCGAGUACCUGGAUCAUACGCUGCUCGAUGAGCUGGAGUCAUCUCCCGGCGGUUUAGGCGAGGACACUGCGAAGAAACACCUCUACCAGCUGUUGAAGGGCGUCGAGUAUUGCCAUCAGAAUUCGAUCAUUCAUCGUGACGUGAAACCAGAAAACGUGUUAGUCUCUAACAAUGGAAUUGUCAAGUUAUGCGACCUUGGCUUCGCAAGAGCUCUGGCAGCACCUGGAGAACCAUACACGGAGUAUGUGGCCACCAGGUGGUACAGAGCUCCAGAGUUACUGGUUGCUGAGCAUAGGUAUGGUCCAGAGGUGGACAUCUGGGCGAUGGGUUGUCUGUUCGCGGAGAUGCUGACAGGAGAUCCGCUGUUCCCCGGCGACUCUGACAUCGAUCAACUCGCGCUCAUUAUAAAGACUGUAGGGAAGCUGGCGCCUCGUCACCAGCAAGUGGUGUCGCGGCUGGCGGGUGGUGCUGCGUUGGCGGUGGGCAGCGGCGGCCCUCGCGGCGCUUUGCCCGGUGCGGCGCAUGCGCGGGACCUGCUCGCCGCGUGUCUACGCACCGAGCCGCGAGCUAGGCCCUCUGCAUCGGCGCUGUUGCGGCACAAAUACUUCAUUACAGAUUCCUUUGCCGAGAAUUUUAAUGCUGAACUCCGAAAGAAAUUGGGAAAGGAAAUAGAAACACCACCACCUCAAGGAGCGCCUAGAAUCGCCGGCAAACCACGGCAGCAAUGGACGUUGAAUAUUGUUUCGGAGCACAGUAGAUCUCGUACAAGUAGUACGGCGGGAGAAUCUCUGAUUGACUAUAACUACACGCCUGGUGCUGAAACACAAAUGGAGACAGCUUCUGUGGAAAAGAAAUCAUUGCAACCGACUACAACGCAGCCAAGCGAUGAGGUCCCUAUAACCAGAGGAUCAAGCACAACAGCCCCAAACGAAAUGUGCAGCUCUAUCACAGCUAGUGCACCCUCGGCCGCAAUUGCACCCGUAGUAACGAAUCUGGGUGCACCGGUCACGGGUCUGGGUGCACCCGUUGCGAGUCUGGGUGCACCUGUUACGAGUCUGGGUGUACCGGUUACGAGUCUGGGUGCACCUGUUACGAGUCUGGGCGUACCGGUUACGAAUUUCGGGACAGUCGUAACGAGUUUCGGAGCAUCGGUAGCGAGUGUUGGAGCAAAGCCGUCGUUGCCACGUUCCCUUGCGCGCGCCAUCGAACAGACCUUCAAUACGUUUCCUGUGCCUGUUAAUACUUAUCCACGAACACCGUAUAUAAAGAAGGUGAACAAUAAACUGGUGAUGGAAGAGGAACUCCUGCGUGGUCGAGCGGCUGCCAAGAAAGCCACCAAGAAAACACCACCCGACUUCUCGUUGCCUUACGUUCCUGGAGCCAGCAACAGUCCAAUGAAGAAAGCGAAAAAACCUCAGAUGUCCAACGCGGGAAGCAAAUCAUACGACGGCUGGGAUAGCAAUAUAACACCAAGCUCGCGAACACCAACAAACCUCCCCUACAUGUGACUGUACGGCCAUGGCUUGUGGAGAAGCCAUAAUUGAAAAAAAAAUGUCCGUAUUUUCAUAAAACGUCUACAAAUAACUCCACCUUCUGGUUUACAAGGAACAAUUAAUAAUUUAAAAUAACGACCAUUGAAGAAUAAAAAACCUGCAAUAAAGCUAUUAGAUAAUAUAAUUAAUUAAUUAGUAGGUAAAUAAUGAGAGAUUGAUACUGAAAUUUUGAUGGUAAUAUAAUAUUUCUGUUAUUCCAAAAAUUAUUUCUUUGAAGAAUGAAAUACUUGUUAGAAAUGUAUUUGUGUGUGCUGUGAAAGUAUAAUAAAAAUACUUAGAAUAAUAUUUAUUUGUUGUGUUUAGUCAAUAAUGUUACUUGUACUUAUAAUUUUAAUAUCUUUUUAUUGUUUGCGUUAUUAUUAUUCUUAAUAAAUUCAUAAUGAUUUCGGAACAUUUUCAAAAUUUGGAAAAAAAUUGUUUGUUUUAUAUUAGGUACGUGAAAUGACUAGAUAAAUAAUAAUGAUAGACGCAAUAAUAAUGAAUUUAGAUAAAUUUUUGGUAGUAGAUAUUUCUAUUAUGAUAUUGAAGUUAUUUGUA